AUGUUCACGCUCGUCUCGACUCCGCUCGCCCGCGCCGUCCUUUCCUCUGCAUCCCAUGACCAGCGCCACCUUCUCCGCCUCCGUCCUCAUGCGAUUCGCGCUUUUUCCACUCAAUCAACGGCUGAAGUAGCAGCAAUUACGAGUCUCAAAGCAGCGACGCCUGAAGUCGCACCGGACGGGGUCUUAUUGACCAAUCACAUGACGCUACGUGACCGCUUGACAAUUUAUGGCCAAUUAGGCAAAGCACGGCUGAGUGCGCUCGUGGUUAUGACUACCGGUGCAGGCUUCCUCAUGGCGGGUGGACCUAUCUCCUGGUGUACCUUUGCAGCUGCUACUGUCGGCACGUCUCUCGCUGCAGUCUCGGCCAAUACAUUUAAUCAGUGCUGGGAGGUGGAGCUGGAUGCCAAGAUGCAGCGCACCCAUCGCCGACCACUUCCAUCUGGACGGAUCUCUCAGGCUCAUGCACUUACUUUUGGUGCUGCAACAGCCACGACCAGUGCCGUUGUCCUUGCAGCUGGAUGCAGUCCGCUGGUAGCUUCACUUGGCGUGCUGAAUAUUGGCCUGUACUCGCUCGUGUACACGCCCAUGAAGAUGAAGAGCGAGUGGAACACGUGGGUGGGUUCAGUUGUGGGUGCCAUUCCACCGGUCAUGGGCUGGGCAGCAGCUACUGGCACUGUCUUGGCACCGGAAGCUGUGCUCCACGCAUGCUUAAUGUACUGCUGGCAGAUGCCGCACUUUUUUGCCCUGAGCUGGCGCUCGCGCAAGGAUUAUGAACGUGGUGGCUACAAGAUGGUAGCGUGCAAUGAUCCCACGGGCUCACGAAGUGCUGCGUUGGCACUGAAGUAUUCGUACUACAUGAGUGGUAUUCCAAUUGCAGCCGCACUGACAGGCGCUACGAGCUACAUGUUUGCAGUCGAGGGCACUGUGGUGAAUGCGUACACCAUCUACUUGGCCCACAAGUUUUACGCAAAACCUUCGAAUGCUUCGGCACAGAAGGUGUUCUUGGCUUCGUUGUGGUACUUGCCCGUCCUUUUGGGGUGCAUGGUGCUGCACAGCCAGCACUGGAUGGAGGAUGAGGAGAUUGAAAGCAAAAAGAAAGCUAACGUAUGGCGAGAGGCAUUUCUGGGUGAGGUGGAAAAUUUCCAGCCGCAAGAAUUGUCAGCACAUGUCGACGAGAAUUUGAUGUCUGCGUGGUUGGUCUUGAAGGUGCGCGCCGUUCGCCGGAGCCUUCGGGAUUUUUGUAUCCACGAGAACCUGUGGGGAGUGAAGGACGGCCAGCACCAGGCUGACGAGUCCAACGUGCUUUGUCCUGUGCACGUUGGCCACAAGGCUAAAGAGACUGUGGCGAUUACAGCACAAGCUUCGGGGAGGGACUGA